AUGGACCAGAUGAUGGAGAGGAUGGACCGAUGGGAGAGGAGUGGCCUCCCUACCUCACCCCCAGCUCCCCUUCUGCCAGCAUCACCUACCCUUCCUCCAACAUCCGGAUCCGGUGCUCCGCGUCUGGCGCUCCCCAGGGAGUACGAUGGAAUGGCGGCUGGGUCCCAGGGGUUCUUACUACAGCUGGAGCUGUACCUGGCUACCGUUUGUCCGACUCCCUCGGGGGAGGAGAGCAUGAGCGUCCUCGUCUCCUCUCUGACGGGUCGAACCCUGGAGUGGGCCAACGCAGUGUGGAAUGGCCCAGACUCGGAGAGGGAUCACUACCCUGAGUUCACCCAGAGUCCCCGUUCGCCCGUCCCCAUCAUCGACCCUACCCUCACUGUCCCCAUCCCCAUCAUCAACCCUACCCUCACUGUCCCCGUCCCCAUCACCACCCUACCCUCACUGUCCCCAUCCCCAUCAUCGACCUCCCCAUUCCCCAUCCCCAUCAUCCACCCUACCCUCACUGUCCCCGUCCCCCGUCCCCAACAUCUACCCUACCUUAGCUUCAUCAUCUACCCUACCCUCACUGUCCCCGUCCCCCUGUCCCCAUCAUCUACCCUACCCUCACAGUCCCCAUCCCCUGUCCCCAUCAUCUACCCUACCCUCACAGUCCCCGUCCCCCUGUCUCCAUCAUCUACCCUACCCUCACAGUCCCCAUCCCCCUGUCCCCAUCAUCUACCCUACCCUCACUGUCCCCUUCCACUAUACCCAUUAUCUACCCUACCCUCACUGUCCCUGUCCCCCGUCCCCAUCAUCUACCCUACACUCACAGUCUUCGUCCCCAUCAUGAACCCUACCCUUAUCAUCUACCCUACCCUCACUGUCCCAGUCCCCCAUCCCCAUCAUCUACCUUACUCUAACAGUCCCCGCCCCCUUCCCCAUCAACUACCCUACCCUCACAGUCCCCGUCCCCAUCAUCUACCCUACCUUCACAGUCCCUGUCCCCAUCAUCUACCCUACCUUCACAGUCCCCGUCCCCAUAUCUACCCAACCCUCACAGUCCCCGUCCCCAUCAUCCACCCCACCCUCAGUCCCCGUUCCCCUGUCCUGAUCAUCUACCCUACCCUCACAGUCCCCGUCCCCAUCAUCUACCCUACCUUCACAGUCCCUGUCCCCAUCAUCUACCCUACCUUCACAGUCCCCGUCCCCAUCAUCUACCCUAACCACACAGUCCCCAUCCCCAUCAUCCACCAUACCCUCAGUCCCCGUUCCCUGUCCUCAUCAUCUACCCUACACUCGCAGUCCUCGUCCCCCGUCCCCAUCAUCUACUCUACCUUCAUCAUCUACCCUACCCUCACAGUCCCCGUCCCCCAUCCCCAUCAAUUACCUUACACUCACAGUCCCCAUCCCCCAUCCCCAUCAUCCACCCUACCCUCACUGUCCCCGCCCCUGUCCCCAUCAUCUACCCUACCUUACCUUCAUCAUCUACCCUACCCUCACAGACCCCGCUCCCCGUCCCCAUCAUCUACCCUACCCUCACUGUUCCCAUCCCCCAUCCCCAUCAUCUACCCUACCCUCACAGUCCCCGUCCCCAUCAUCUACCCUACCCUCAGAUCCCCGUCCCCGUCCCCAUCAUCCACCCUACCCUCAGUCCCCGUUCCCUGUCCUCAUCAUCUACCCUACCCUCGCAGUCCCCGUAGCCCCGCCCCAAUCAUCGACCCUACCCUCAUCAUCUACCCUCCCUCACUGUCUCCGUCCCCCAUCCGCAUCAUGCACCCUACCCUCACAUUCCCCAUCCCCAUCAUCUACCCUACCCUCACAUCCCCAUCCCCCAUCCCCAUCAUCCACCCUACCCUCACUGUCCCCGCCCCUGUCCCCAUCAUCUACCCUACCUUACCUUCAUCAUCUACCCUACCCUCACAGACCCCGCUCCCUGUCCCCAUCAUCUACCCUACCCUCACUGUUCCCAUCCCCCAUCCCCAUCAUCUACCCUACCCUCACAUCCCCAUCCCCCAUCCCCCGUCCCCAUCAUCUACUCUGCCCUCACAGCCCCUGUCCCCCGUCCUCAUCAUCUACUCUGCCCUCACAGCCCCCGUCCCCCCGUCCCCCCCGUCCCCAUCAUCUACUCUGCCCUCACAGUCCCCGUCCCCACGUCUCCAUCAUCUAUCCUACCCUCACAGUCCCCGUCCCCUGUCCCCAUCAUCUAUCCUACCCUCACAGUCCCCGUCCCCGUCCCCAUCAUCUACUCUGCCCUCACAGCCCCUGUCCCCCGUGCCCAUCAUCUAUCCUACCCUCACAGUCCCCGUCCCCCAACCCAUAAUCUACUCUGCCCUCACAGCCCCUGUCCCCCGUCCCCAUCAUCUACCCUACCCUCACUGUCCCUGUCCCCCCGUCCCCAUCUUCUAA